AACAGUCACGACAGUCGAGUGCUGGAUUCCGAAGAAAGCGGUAGUGCUGUGUACACAUCAUUUGUACACGAGAUUUUUUGACAAGUUCAUUCAACAACAAAUCAAUUUUAUCUCACUCAGUGUUUCUUUUUUUUACGCCAAAUUUACACAAAGUGUUGCCACAUACAUCGCAGGUCCCCUACAGCAUCUUGAUGCCUCAAAAGGCAUCAAAAGUCACAAAAGCUGACAUGAUGUCGACGAAUUCUAUUGCCGUGACUGCGGCACAUCCUCGCCGCAAAGUGAGGGACUUCAACAGCUUAAUCACCUGUACCGUCUGCCAUGGUUACAUCAUAGAGGCUACCACAAUCACCGACUGUAUGCACACAUUUUGUCGUUCGUGCAUCCUGAAGCAAUUGGAGAAGACAAAUUUUUGCCCAACGUGCUCCCAUAAGCCGGUCACGGUGGCCAGCUUGCGCCCAGAUCGCAUCCUCAAGCAGCUAAUCUAUAAACUCGUGCCGGGACUGUAUCAGUCGGAAUGUCAGCGGGUGGCGGAGUUCCAUGGGGGCACCUUGGUGGGUAAACUCUCUGCCAAUCGACGGAGAUUUAGUGGCCUCAUGGGUAUACCGUCGCCCGAGGGAAAGGCCUCCGAUGAUGACAUCAAUCACAACAUCAGCGGCAAGAAUAGCGAUUCAGAGUAUACAGACGAUGCGGAUUUCUUCUAUCCCGAAGAACCAAUCAGCCUAUCAAUGGAGUACCAUCCAGAGGUUGUGGCAUCUCUGAACAACCAAAAAUCUACAAUUCCUCCAAUCCGGUACCUUCAGUGUCCCGCAGCUGUGACUGUUUGGCACCUUCAGAGGUUCAUUACGACAAAAUUUGACUUGAACCCAAGCACAAUGAUCGUUGAGAUUAUCUACGAGGAUGAGGUUUUGCCGCGAGAUUUUAGUCUCAUGGACGUGGCGUAUUGCUACAACUGGAAGAGGGUGGCCCCAAUGCGAUUUUACUAUCGUAUUUUUAUGCAAACACCCGAGAAGAGUGGGACAACCGAUAAAAAUAGAAAUUAUAUGACGGUGGUGGAUGAGAAGAAGAAGAAGGAAGUGUUGGCUGAGAAGAUGAGUGUGGAGAAGAAGAUUGAAGAUGCAAAGAAGUGCGCAGGGGCUACAAGUGGUGGAGUUAUGAGAACAUUUAUCGCAACUACGGAGACAAAGGUGCGGGAUGAGUUUGAAUUUGUCGAUGAGACAGCAGUGAAGAGUGAGAGUACGCAGUACAAUUCAAUUGCACGCCGUGCACAGGCCAAUGUGCGGGAUAAUUUGCCAAAUGUGCGCAUUGAGAAGAUGAAGCUGGAAGAUGGUGUGAAGACGGUUAAACUCACGAUGAUCAAUACUAAGACCGAACCAACAAAUUCGAAGCCCAAAUUUAAGAUUGAAUCAACGCAGGUGACUGACUUCAAGCGCCUACGGAGCAGUGAUAGUGAAUUCGGGGAAAUUAAGCCACCAAGUGGCAUUGAGGUGAAGUCAAAGAACAAGAGCGCCACGCAGUCGAGCAUGAAGCCCUUUGUGAAGGAAGAUGGUGGACGGCAGAAGAAGGGUCCGUCGCAUGUGAGCAAGAAGAGAGCUGUCGAUGAUGAUAGUCCAGAUGAGUUGUCGUGCUCAAAGAGUACCAAUAAAAAGUGCUACAUCAAUCGGAACAAGAAAUCACACGGAGAAAUGGAAAAUGGGGGGAUACGUCCACCAAAUUUGCCCACACUCAAGGUGGAUUUGACGAAUCUAAAGACCAAAAUAACCCUUCCCAAAGUUGAUAAAUCCCCACCGCCUGUGGUGAAGUCUCCACCACCAGUGAGGUUGGGAACGGAAAUUGAGGAGACAAGCCCAAACAAAUAUGAAUAUGUGAAAAAUAUUGGACUGCUGCCAAUAAGCGAUGUGUUAGAGGCUAAGCGCGCGAAACCAGAACAACCUGUACCACAACUAAAGGAGAAGAAGCGAAAAAAGAUGAAGCAUUCAAAGGAACCCAAUGAAAAGCGCCCUAAAAUUCAUGCUGAGAUGAUUCCCAAUGAAAAGGAGCCCAUAAAGUUGAAACUAAAAUUCACCAACAACAAACCCAUUCGGGAGGGCGGAAAGACUCCCAAUGGCACGGAGGAAUUCACAAAAAUCACCAUUCCUGUUCCCCCGAAACCCUCCUCAAAGGAUAAUGUGGCUGAAAUGCGAAAAGUCCGUCAUAAAUCCCAUUCAUCAGUUAACAGUGCUCUCAAUAAAACCCUUUCCACGGAAUCAAUGGCAAUUUCAUCACUUGUACGACGAAUGAGUGUUGAUCUACCACAGUUGCCGUACAAUGUACAGAAUACCAUGAAAACUCCACCACAGACACCUCUGAGAAGUCCCCCAAAGACUCCCCCACAGACUCCACCGCGAAAUCAAUCUAAAAGUCCUCCAGCUCCAAAAAUCACCCAACAACAACCAGCAUCAACUGAAAGUAACAAAUACAGCGCACCAGUAACGAAAGCUUCAACACCAAAAGCCUACCCUGGAUUAAUGUCUCCAAAGGCGACAGAUCGUGGGGCACGUUUUAACUUUCCACUUACUUCACCAACCUACAAUGCAAGGCCGGCUUCAUUUCCUCCAUAUCCAAUGCCAAUGCCUAGACCUAUGCCACUACCACCAAAGACAACCACAGCGACCUUCACAUCUGUAUCUAGUACAAAGCCACUGGUUAGUGUCCUAAAGAGAUCUUCAAGUGUCGAUGGAUGCUCAGUCAAUGUAAAACAACCACGCAUUGAGGAAAGUUAUCCAAGAACUCAAAACUCCAGCAUACCACCCCUAAAACGAACUUCAUCAUCUCCAGUAGCUUCUGUUUCCCCGCCAAAAUCUCCGGCGAAUUCAGACAAAGCUGCACCUUACUACACCUCAACCAUGGGUCCAGCCUAUACGCAUGAGAAUAACGUGAAGAAACCUCUACCAAUACUUCUUCCACCAUCUUCAAUUAGUGUGACGAAGAUGAGUGAUGUUCCACCCACAUCAGCAGCUCUUAUCGGUGACAAGAGACCUGCAGUUGAGAUUGUUCGCAUUAAUUCAAAUACACCGGCAAUUGAUCAGCAACAACAGAAAGUGGUGACAACAAAUCAAAAAGCAACAAGACCACCACCAGCAACAAUUCCACUUGUUAAGAUCAAGAAAUCCCUUGCAAAUACACCAUCUUUGGCACCAAAGCCCACAACAACGCCAACAACAACGUCUGCAGUUUCAAGCCCACAACUAACAGUGAACAAUAAUAAGGUUCCAACGCUUCACAUUUCACUUAAUAACACAAAGAGUCAAGUGAAACAGGAUAAAGAAGUGUCUGGACCACCAGUUUGUGACAACAUUGGAGCUCUAGAUCUGUCUGGGAAGUCAAGCAGAAGUCCAAGCUUGGAGAAGAGUCCAACGGCUCUAUCACCACCAACAGAAAAGACUCCCUUUGUAAAAUCCAGCAUUGAAAAGAAGACAAGUAGUGAGGCUGAAUCUAGAGAUACCAAAGCAACAGUGACAAACAAAUCUUGUCAGCUGCCAGUUCCCAAACUCAAUGAAAUCAGCAAAAUUAGACCACCAACAAGCACAACGGCAUUGAUGCGUCAACAAAACCCUUCAGUACGGAGCAUUCCAAACCCCUCGGCUUUGGCUUUUCGCAAUCAAGUUCUUCCAUUGUCAUCGGAGAGUAAUAAAUCCAAGGUGGAAGUUUCUAAGGCUACAACAGUUACAGCAUCUACGGCAGCAACAGCAGCCACAACAGCCAACUCCGCAACGACAACAUCUGCUGCGGAGACGUCAGCUAAAGAAGCAGCACAAAAGCCAAAUACAACGUUGACAACUAAGCUGGACCCAGUUGUUAGCACCAAGACUCCCAUUGUGAGUCACAAACAAUCGGGAAAGGGAGAUUCAUCUGAAGGUGUGGUGAGUACCAAGAAAAAUACAAUUGAACAGGUUGCUGCAACUCUUAGAGCUGCCGCUGGGGAUACUUCAACCAAGAUUACUAAACUUAACUAAAACAAUGAGAUAAUUGAGGGGUUUUUAAUAGCUGCUCAGUGAGAGACCAUCCAAAGUAUUUGAUAUUUUUCUUCAAAAGUCUUUUAUUUUGUUUAAAAGAUGAAUUCAGAAGUUUAAUGAUUAUUAUUUAAAUUGAAAUUUAAAGAUUUUUAAAUCUUUCUGAGAUAAAUACAAAAAUUAAAUGGAGUUUAUUCUCCAAAAAUUUGCGAAAAAAAAUUGAAUUAAAAAAGAAAACGUUCAUUUUCGAUUAAUCGGAUUAAUCUCAGAGAACUUUAAGGAAUUACCUGUAAGGUUUAUCGCUUAAUCGUUGUUUAAAACUUCCAAGAAAAAUAUGAAAAAACUUUUGAAAAGGAAUACUAAAAUUCGCUGAAGUUAAAGGAACAUUAAUUCGUUUAAAAGGUGUAAAAUUUAUCGAUUAAACUCAGUCAGCAAUGAAUCGAUUAAUCAUCGGAUCUGAUGACUAUCUUUAUUUUUAUUUUGAAAAGAAGUUUUAAUUGAUAAAAAUAAAAAUAUUCUAAUAUUUUUUAACCCUCAUCUAAGAGUUUGGGGUUAAUAAAUCCUUUUCCCUUUCUCACUGGGUAGUUUAUGAAAUAUUAAAUCAUAAUAUUUUAGACAAAAGGGUGAGCUCAUCCCCUUUAAUUCUAGAAGAAAAGCAUAAAAUCCAAUAUUAUACUCGCUGUUUUUUCUCUAAAUAUUGCAAACAUUCUUUCGAUAUUUUAGAGUUUUUGUGUCAGGUUAACCGAAAGGUUAAAAAAAUCCAAAAUAGAUCCCUUUAUGCAACAAUAAAGCAUGAAAUAGUGAAUAAUAAAAACUUAGAACAAUGCGUAGAGAUAUUUAUUGAUAAAGAAAAGUAAAAAAAAAAACAGAACUUCUCAACUAAAAAAAAGAAGUAAAUUGUAUAAUCAAACACAGACCUCAGUAAUUAAGAUUGAAUACUGUAAUGGAUCUUUACCUACAUAUUAUAUGGAAUGGACUUUUUCUUUGAGCACUGUAGCGAAAGAAAAUAACAAGAGGUGGUUGUAAUUGAGAUGCAGCCAAGGAGGAAUUUUUUUUGUAUAUAUAAUCCACUAAAUUAUUGGCUAUUGUAUUUUAAUUUAAGACCAGCAGGGGAGGAGGAAAAGAAGGGACAUACAUAAGAGAAAAUGAAAAGAAGAAAAAAAAAGGUGAAAUUGGUAGCAUAGUAUGUUGUGAAUUGCAUAGUAUGUUGUGAAUUGCAUAAAUAUGAGUUGAAUUUGAGAGGGAGAGAAAUUGAAUGAAAAUAAAAAGUGAGGUAUUGAAUGCUUCUGAAUUUAUAAAUACCUGUCCCAAUUGGACAUUUUGCUGGCUAAUUAUACAUCAUGCAACUAUUUGCUGUCGCCACAUGGGCAUAAUGUAUGUAGCUUAAAAUAUGUACAAAAAGGUAUAUCUGUGUGGCGCGUAGUGAGAGAAAAAGCGCCAAUAAUGUGGUGGAAGGCACACAAAACCCGCAGAGUUGUCGUGUCUCCUCUGUGUGUCAAUUUAAGCGGGACAGUCGCGAGUGAAAUGUCGUCGUUGUAUGUCAACACGUAAUGAAUGAAUUCAAUUCACCGUCAUACGGUUUGUGCUAAAUUUAAUUUUAUAUACAUUACAUACCUAUAACCAUAAACCUCCUCCAUGUAAUACCCAGAAGAAAAAAAAACUUCACCGUACAUAGGAGGUUGCUCUCAAUGAGAUUUUUCUUUCGAAAGAAAAAAAACGACAACGACGACCCACAACUCUGAUAUGGGUUAUAAAAUGUGUGCGUUGCUUUGUAAAGAAAAACCCUUUAAAUUAAUUACCCUUAUCACCAUUAAAUUGGACAUUUUGUAGUGAGAAGGAUAUUUAAACUGAAAAAAAGUCCCUUUUAGUAGAUUGAUGAGAGAGGCUCUCCCUUUGCACAUUAAGACGACCCAUUCACCUUAUUUAUUAAAAAAAUCUUUCUUUGCUUUUUUUAGUGCAAUAAUAUCAGGAAUAAGAGAGAAAGAUGAAGAAAAAAAAAUGUAUAACAUCGUGAUUAGAGUUAGUAGUUGCGUACCUUUUGGAAUUCCACAAUUAUGUGUGUUUGUGUGCAGGAAGUGGUGAGAAAUUUACAAAAUGCCAUCACUUGCGGGUUUUUCAAGUAUUUUUGACACGAAGUUAAUGACUUGGAAAUGAACCCAUUUUAAGAAUUGCCAUCAUGCUGUGAAAAUGUGAAUUCGCAUGGUUUAUAUUUUGCAAAAUCUCUUUGACUUAUGCGCGUGACACUCUUUUUGUAGCAAAAAACUUUAUUAUGUACACCUAUCAGUUCCGUUAAAAUUACAUUGUGUUUCGAUGGAACUAAUUUGUGUGAAGGGGGAAAUUAUUUGAAAGCAUAUUUCCGCUAUUUGGAAAUUUUUAUUCUUGUGCGAAGAACUAAGAAAAGUCAUUCAGCGUGAAGGAGGAAUUUAAAAAUUUUUAAGCUUAUAAAGUUUUGGGUAAGAAAUAUACUUGAAUAGCCCUGCCUUCUUUGAAAACAUUUGAAAAUCAAAAUCAUAAAUUUUUUGCUUACACUGUGCCUCCACAUUUUUAGCUCAAAAAUCACCCUCAAAAUCAAAUGGGGACGCCUGGUGUUUCCUAAGACCUCAGUAAUAACAUUAAAUGCUCGCUAACUCUCUUCCAAACUACCGAGAAAAUAAAAAUUCAAAAUGGCGAUAAUCCUACAAAUUACUCUAAAAGAAAAACCAGAAAGAAAAAUUAUCUAAAAGAACAUGUCAAAAGAUCAAAGUGCUGAGACACUAAAUGAUUUUCCAAAUAUAGCCGGUUAGAGCAUUAAUUAAUUUUCCAAAAGUUCUCUGUGCGAGUUUUACAAAACACGCGCAUUUUAAUUCCCCCUCUCUCUUCCUUUCAAAAUCCAGAAUAAUCUUAAUUGUUUUUUUUUUCUAAAAAUGCCCUUCUUUUGAUAAACUUUUACUAUACUCACAAACUAAUUCACUUCUAAGUGUCCCCCCCCCCCUACCCCGGAAACAUGGGAAGAAUGUUGUUUCGCAUCGUUGGGCGUUCUUAAGGAGAAGGCAUUUGGAGUGAUUUUAUUUUAUUUGAAAGAAAGAAAAAAAAAACGAAACAUUUGUGUGCCUCUCUUGAACCUCUAUUUAGCAUGUUUUCGAUGCUAUAAACAUCUCCGCAACAUCACAUUGCUAUACGUCGAGGCACGGUGGGAAGAUUCAUUUCCAAUUUGUUGGAGGGAAUUUACACGUCAGCAAUUAAGCUCUGAAAUGACGCCCAAGCAUUUAGGAAGUUUUUGGGACAGGAAACGAUGGAGACGCCGGGUGGGGUGGAAAAGCAAACAUAUAAAAGGAAAUAAAAAGAACGCGCAAUAAAGGGUAGUUUGGGAUUGAACGUUUCUUGGGAUUUGUUGGCAAUUUGUCGUAUGUACGGAUUUUCCUAUCGAAUUGCGGGGGUGACAGCCACCCCCAAAUCACCCCUGGGGCAGCAUUUGGGACAAUUUGCAGCGUAUCACGCGCGAUGAUGUAUCAAAAAGCCCAAAAAUCGCAUCAUCCCCGUUUUUUAUUGAUUUUAUUCGCGCCACAUCAACAAUUUAUUCCUCCUGUGGCGUUUCACUUUAAUAAUUAUAUGCGGCGUGUAUGGCGAAGAGCGGAAUAAAAGGGCCACCGAGAGGCUAUGGAUGGAGGAGAAACGAAAAAUGAUAAAUUAUCGUUGUUUGUUACCUUCUCUCUUCCACCGACACGCCACACACACACGGGGCCAAUUUUAUCGGUUUCGUGACCAACACUCGGGCUUCUCAAUCAUAAAUCUCGCCAACAUCUUCGCGCGCGGCGUCUUCCCUUCGUGCGCCCCCAAAAGACGAUAUAUGUACAAUAGUAGUGAGAGAGGAGGUGGGAAAAAAGACGAUAAUGAUGUCCGGAGGAGAAUCUUCUGGAUGGGGGAGAGAGCGAAAAAAUAAGAAAUCAGUGCUGAUGCUUGUGAAGAGGGUAAGAAAGGAAGAAGAAGGAAAAAAAGAGAUCAUUUCGUGGGUGUCCGCUUUUUCAGUGUGAGGCGGAAGAUUGCUUUAUGUGUCGUUCCUCUGACAUUUUAUUCCAAUUCCUCCUUCACCGUGUUCUUCGCCCAAAGAGACAUGACGAUGCAUUCUUUUUUUUGUUGUUGUUACCAGUCUGUUUCUCAACGCCACCCCCCACACACAAAUCCUACACAUAAAAGCGUUCCCUUUGCACAAACCCCCAACCAUGCCCGUCAAUUUAUUUCACUCCAAUCACAAUAUUCAAUCAAUUAAUUCUUAAAAAGUGAGAUGAUUUAGGGGAUUUUUCUUUCACUUCUUUGUUUUUUUUCUCCUAUUAAAAUAGAACAUUAUUUUUCAUGAUUUUCAGUUUCUUAAUUUGAUCGAAUUUUGAGGAAUUUGUCUUUCUUAAACGCUUCUUGAAUGCUCUUAAUGGCAUAAGGAAAAAAAUUGAGAAAAGUCUCUAAAUUUAAAAUUUUUUAAAAAGUUUUCAAUAUUAAUUUUUAGCUAUACAUAUAAUUAAAUUUAAGGAAUGAGAAACAUUUACAUAUUCACUCAAUUUUUUUUAAAGUACUUUAAGAAUUUCUGUUCAAUGUGGAGGCGCAAUCUAAGCGAUAAAUCAAUUAAUAUUACCAAACAGGCGCCUCCAUAUUAAUUUCUCAUGAAAUGAGCCAAAUGAUUUAGGAUUUAAUUAGUCUUCUCAAUUUUUAGUCCCCUUACAUUUUAUUCUAAAUAAAAGCAUUAAAAAUACCAGGCGUCUCCAUCUUGGCAUUUAAUCAGUUUUAUGAAUAAAAAGUUCUGACGGCGUCAAUUUUUCAUAAAAAGGUAAAAAAAAAAAUGAAUUUUCCUUACAAAUUAAAUGAAGCUUCACAAGUUAGCUGUGUUUCUUUCAGACACAGCUUUUUUUUAGAUUGAACCAUAAAGCUCUCUUACGAGGCUCUCAGUUUAAUUUACUUCAUUCUGAAAAUCCAACAAAAUUCUGCCACAUUUUAAUCAUUGCGAUUUACAUCACAGAAGAAAAGAAACUUCUGAAUCACAAUUAAUCUUUAAAGUUUAUUUUCUUACACAUCUCCAGCGAACUUCUGGGGAAAAUGUUCUCUGUGAAAUCCCUGAAUCAUUGAGCCAAUAUUACAUUACAUAUGUAUAAGGAAGCACAUAAGGCAAUUUAGUGUUUGCAAUAUCUCACUUCCCAACAAACACCUUGCAACUUUAACUUUGGAAACUCUGAAGCAACGUUGCAAGAGAGUUUACUUCUUAGUUGCUAAAGUUGCGAAUAUGGUUGCAUGGAAAACGAUGCAGUAUACUUUAUCGCGAUGUUGCCAAAGUUGCAAGAUUUUCUUUAUUAUUUCAAUAACUUGAAAAAUUUAAGUGUUUUUGCAUUCUAAAGUCUUUUCUACAACUUCUCAAAGAAUAAUUUACCUAAAAACACACUAAAAUCUGAAUUUUAAGCAAAAUAAUUAACUUUGAAAAAAUCACCUUAAAAAUAGUUGCAGGAAAGUAUAUAUCAACGUUGCGCUAGUUGCAAUAAAAAUUCGAAAGAGAACAAAUUUUCCUUGAAAUUUAAGUUUAUUUGGACUCUAAAUGAGUUUUAUGCAUUACUUAUCCCUAAAAUAAUUAUUUUUUAUUGAUAAUUUAUCAAAAAUUGUUAAAUUUAUUAAAUAUAAUUUAUUUAGUUGCUUAAACGUUGCAUCAGGGUAUGCCGGCGCAACCCAAGCACGUUUUGUGCCUAUGUUGCGCCUUUCACCGCAAGAGGCGCGUCUAUCGCGAGAAAUAACCCAAAACAGACAGAGAGCGGAAUAGAAAAAAAAAUGAGUCUGUCUCUUUCAUUUAUGUUUACAAACAGCAAAACUAGCGCCGCCCUGGUGGGUUGCUACCGAAUCAUUUUACAACGUUGUUGCAAAGGUUGCUGCAUCGUUGCCUCAGAGUUGCAAAAAAUGUCUAACAUGGCCGACGGCAUAAAAAAGUUGAUUUUUAUUUCAUUAUUCCGAGCAAUUGGGAGCCCAAAAUGAUGUGGGAAGGCUUUCUUAGGGAUAGUUGGGUGCAUUACUUGUGUUUAAAUAAUUAAUUAAAAAAAAUUAAAUUUUUGACCCCUAAAAAAAUUAUUUUUUGGUUAAAAAAAUUAAGAAAAUUGAGAUGGGAGCAUCAUUUAAGUUCCUUUGAGGCGAUUUCAUGACGGUAGAACCGCAUGGCAUAUAUUUUUUCAUUUGGAAAAAAUCUAAAAACUCUAUUAUUAAAUAAUAUAAAUUAUCCAUUAGAGUUUGUCAUUUAUUAUGAUGGGAAUAUGGACGCCAUAUGAUUAUUAUGAGUGUGUACCAUAUUUCCCUCCAUUUAUGACAGCGGAAUGUUUUGAAAUAUUUUUUGAAACAUUUUUGUUUCAAAAAAUUUUAGUUGCGAGAUGGUAUACGGGAAAGGAUAUUUCAGAGUUUUGCAACGUUGAGAUUACUAGUUGCGGCAACGCAGAUAUCUAUUGACCAUCUACUUCGAGGCAACGCAGAUAUAUACCGUUAAGCAUGGUUGCAUUGUAGUAAAUGUAACUCCGCGCAACGUUUAGGCAACUAUCAAUGGUUUGUUGGGAAUUGUGUUUAGUUGUGGGACAAGUUCUCCAUUUCUAAAAUGUGUCUUUGUCCCUAAAAUAAUGUACGCGCGCACAACCACACGGAAUUCCAUUUGGACUACGAGGCGAGGAGUUUUAUGAUAAAUUUCUUGUGUAAUUACCCACGCAUGUGAAAAAGUACAUAUAUAUGAGAGAAGGAAUGAUUAACAAUAGCUGUGGCAUUUUUGUAGGAGGAGGUGGACAAAUAUAUAAAUAUUUGUUUAUGUCACAGCAGUUAAAAUGAUAAUUAAAAUAGGCGAUAUUUGUGUUGAAAUAAAUGUAUAUUGAGGAAUGCAAA